GGAUUUCAUAAAUUUUUUAUUUUAAUUUAUUUUCAAAUUUUUAAAAAUGUCAAAAAAUCUAUUUUCUUCAAUUAAUGCAAGGCUAUUUCCAAUGAAAAUGCAUUAUUUUUUAUUUCACUUAGGUACCGGUCCAAUUUUUGCAAAUAUGUCUAUUAUAGCAAGACAACAAGGUUUCUCAUCUGGAGUAUUAGGAGUUUUAUUAACAGUUCUUAAUUUAUUAGCAAUGAUAUCAAGACCAGCUUUUGGUUGGUUAGCCGAUCGUUUUAAAUUACACAAGUCGAUUUUUUUAACUAUGCAAACAAUAACCGGAUUAUCAUUUUUUUUAAUUUAUUUUGUACCACCUUUUGCCAGCCAGGUUAAGGUAAGAACAAUUUUGAACAAUACUGAAAUAUUCUUUUGUCCAAGAAAUCCAGUAUGGGAUAAUUGUUUUGAUGACAGAAUUCAAAAUUAUGAAUCAAAAAUUUUCAAAUGUCAAUUGAGUUGUAAGCCUGAAACAUGGAUGCGCAAACAAUUUUGUGAUAAUAACAAUAAUGAUGAUUGCAUUUCAAAUAUGAAACCCUUUCAAUAUGAAAUUUUUGUUGAUAUGAGAACAAUUGAAAAGAAUGCAACUUGUUUAACUAUGAGAGAAUUUAAAAACAUCUCACAUUUAAAUGCUUUUGGGUAUUUUGAUGAAGCACCGUUGUAUGCCAAAAUGUAUGAUGUAAAUUGUGAAAUAAAUUGUGAAGAUCAUUUUUUGAAAAGUUCUUUGGUAAAUAGAGGAACUCUACCAGAUGAUGAAAUCACUCAAAAAUAUGACUUUUGGUUAUUCUGUGGAUUACUUUUGCUUGCUUAUUCUGCUGCUUCAGUUGUAAUGAGUAUGGCUGAUACAAUUUGUUUUGAUUUAUUAGGUGAGGAUAGUCAUUUGUAUGGAAAACAAAAAAUGUUUGAUUCAGUUGGAGCAGGAACUUCGGCAGUUGUUGUUGGGGCUAUAAUUGAUAUAGUUUCCGGUCAUUCCCUGUUUAAAAAUUAUUCAAUCGUAUAUUUUUUCUGCUUGGCGUCAGUUUCACUUAACAUGAUUUGGUCUAUGAAGCUCAAUUUUACACAAUCUAAACAAUCACAAAAUAUUAUGAAAGAUGUUGGAAAAUUAUUCAAAUCGAUAAAAAUAGUUACAUUUUUCUCUUGGUGUUGUUUUGCCGGAAUUUUCUCAGCAGUCAUUUGGAGUUUUGUCUUUUGGCAUUUAGAGGAAUUAUCAGAUGAAAUCACCCAAAAUGAAUGUGGCGGAAAUUAUAUUAAAACAUUGGAAGGUUUGUCUAUGUUCACCCAAACUUGUAUUGGUGAAAUACCAGUAUUCUUUUGGUCUGGAUAUCUUUUAAAAAAACUUGGACAUGUAAAUUGUAUGCAUUUAAUUUUUGGAGCUUUCAUAGCACGAUUAUUCUAUUAUUCACUUUUAUCAAAUCCAUGGUGGGUGUUACCAAUUGAAUUAUUAAAUGGUAUAACUUACGGUCUAUUAUUAGCAACGAUGGCGUCAUAUGCUAAUUAUAUAGCUCAACCUGGUAUGGAAGCUACAGUACAGGGACUCGUUGGUGCAUUUUUCCAAGGAGUUGGAGUUUCUGUGGGUAAUUUUUUAGCAGGAACUCUAUUUGAAUUUUUUGGUGGAAGCAUUGCAUUUAUGAUUUUUGGAGUUUUAGGAUUAAGUGCAUUUAUAGUUCAUGUUUUAGUUCAUGUCAUUUUAAAAACAAAAUUUUUUUAAAGAAAUUCGACACUCCGGGAAAAUUUGAUGCAAUAUUUGUAAAUAUUUUUCACAGAAAUGUUUUAUGUAAUAAAAUAUAUGGAGUGUUUUUAUAC